UUGAUGAAGAAAUCAGUCAACUUUGUACGGACUCCUGUCAUUGGGCGACUGCGUGCACCCCGGCCGUGCUUUUAUUUUUAAUACGAGGGAGGGGGUUCCCAGAAAAUACCUCCUCCUGCUGUUCCUCAGCUCUAUCUCGUGAAUAUCAAACACUCGCCGUCUCCAUAUUGGAAGCAGAGAUCAGAAAACACGGGAAAACAUGAAGAGGCAGUUUUUGACGAUCGUUUAAGCGCGCAGAUGUCGGCGUUCUCCGCUAUAGCUCCAGGAGUUUAGACGCAAGCGUUCAGACAUCGCGCGGGUCAUUUAUUCAGACUAACUAGCGUUUUGAGGUUUCAUGGUCAGCUCGCUAACGCUAUCUUAUAUUAGCAAUCCAGCCUCCAACUACUUGUUAGCCAUUCGGCGCUGGCGCGACUGAUUUUCGUUAUGCGCAUCCGAACGGACUGAUUGAUCAAAUGUGUGUCCGCGACGCGUAUUUUAAUGCAACAAAACGCAAAGAUUAGUGGUCGGGUGCAGUCCGUUCGCCCACGCUAGCCUGAGCGACAGCAGUCUGCCGCUGGCUGGAGAUCUGCCAUUAACUCGACUAGCUGUUAGCACAAGCUGAGACACGGACACGGCCAGAACUCGCUGGAAAAGGGAGCUAACAUCUCGUUUCCAUGGACAACACGUCCAUAAUAACGCAGGUUACGAACCCCAAGGAGGAGGAGAUACUCUCGUCAAAUGCCGAGAAAGUUUCGCUGUCUAACAGCAGUCUGAAGAAGAAGAGGACUCGCAGCAUCUUCAGCUCAUUGUUCUGCUGUCUGAGAAGUUACGAUGCCGAGCCCCCCGCCACCCCCAACAACAACAGCAGCCCUCUGCCUCCACCUGUGGAGGAGAACGGAGCUCCACCAAAGUGUGACCAGGUUGAGGUCAUCCCUAUCCCCAGUCCUCCAGAGAAGUACCUCCUCCCUGAGGUUAACAUAAAUGACUAUGGGAAGAAGUGUGUGGUAAUAGACUUGGAUGAGACUCUGGUGCACAGCUCGUUUAAGCCCAUUAGCAACGCUGAUUUCAUCGUCCCAGUGGAGAUCGACGGCACAGUGCAUCAGGUGUAUGUGCUCAAAAGACCUCACGUUGAUGAGUUCCUGCAGAAAAUGGGCGAGCUGUUUGAAUGUGUGCUUUUCACGGCCAGUCUAGCCAAGUAUGCUGACCCGGUGGCUGACCUGCUGGACCAGUGGGGUGUGUUUCAGGCGAGACUCUUCCGGGAAUCCUGCGUUUUCCACAGGGGGAACUAUGUUAAAGACCUUAGUCAGCUCGGGAGAGAGCUCAGGAACGUCAUCAUUGUGGACAACUCCCCUGCUUCCUACAUUUUCCAUCCUGAAAAUGCUGUUCCCGUGCAGUCGUGGUUUGAUGACAUGAAUGACACAGAGCUCCUGGACCUGCUGCCUUUCUUUGAGGGACUGAGCAAAGAGGAGGACGUGUACGGGGUGCUGCAGAACCUGAGGGGCAGGUAGCAGGCUGAGGGGCCAGUGUGAGUCCCCCCGCCCCGCUCCACUCCCAGCACCUCUCUCCUCCAGCCUGCAGUCCUCACCUCACCCAUACCACCAGGACACGCACACCGGGACAUAAACAGACUCUGAACAUUUAAUGGACACUCAAAUAUUUCUCUUUUGAAAAGUGUUUAUGAUAAACCAAAAAUUCAACUUCUUUUUCUUUCCCUUUUUUGAAAUGAAAUAUCCAAGUCAUAACCAUUCUCUGAGGUGUUGCUAUGCAGGUAGAAAUCAGUAGGGUUAAAGGACUGUGGGGUUUCCUCUCUGACCCAACAAAGUGCCUUUUUUGAAUGUCAUUUUUAUGGGGGAAAUGAACAUUUUGUACACAAGAGAACCUAAUCUUUACAAGAAUUAUAUGCUUUAAAACGGAGGCAGGUCAGACUCUUUUUAUAAAAGCACUGUUAAAGAGGCCAGAGAUUUGUAAUUCUGUAAAGCUGGGUACACGUCUCCAUCUUCUGUUCUUCUCGUGCUCCUUUUGUUUUCGAUUUUGCUUUAGCUUGUGCCAUUAUAUAGACCGAGACUAUUAUCUAGACUUGUAUACGUUUAGUUUGUUUUCUAAGAGCAAACGAAUGCAUUUGCACUCGUUAGGUUACUUGUCUCAUAUACCGCAAACUCUUUUGCCAAUUAACCCCUUAAAUCGUGCCAAUCGCUAAUAUUUGUCUCGCAAUCUGAUGCUGAAGUACGUUUCGUUUUCAGCGAACAGGCCCGACGCUAAUAUUGGUGCUGGAGACAAAUGUUUGGACAUUUCAAAAACAGAAUUUUAGCCACUAGUCUUUUUUUUGGAACUUUACGUUGAUCUGAAUGCCUUUGGUGAAGUAGCGUAGACACUGCAGUUGUUCCCCCGCUAAUCGUUUUUAAAGGGGAAGUGUCCUUUAUGGAAACCAGGAUGCACAAUUGCAAAUGUAUCCCUUUUAUCGUCUUUAAUUCUUUUCUGUUUGAGUCGUGAGUUCUUGAGAAUUGGUACAGGUCCAUCGUCUUUAUAUUUAAACCAUAUAUAAACCAUACCCUGCUGCUGCUACCACUGUAUACUACACUACAAAAGACCUCCCUGUAGGGUACCACCAGUACCAGCCCAGGGACUAGAGCGCUGUGCAGCUUGUGCCAGAGCAGAACGGACGCAGUAGGGCCUUAAAGGGUUUGUUCUUGUCCUCUUGCAGAGCUAAACGAAGCCCUUUUGUCCCAGUGGGGGUUUGAAAGUGUUUGGCGCAAGCUGUGCAAGACUCUCCAUCACCGCCUAAGUGCCUAAGACGAGAGGAGCAGCGGCGGGAUGUCCCGAUCCGCUGCUGAACAGGCAAUAACCUCUCUCUCUCUCUCUGCCCAGAGUCCGCCACGUCACAGUUUGGUCACUACAUCUUGUCCUCUUUUUUUAAAUGUUUUUUUUUCAGUCUUUUAUCGUCUACCUCUCUCCGUCUCUUCAUCCUGUUCUGCGGCAGGCGACGGAGAGCGAUUCAUUCUCACGUUUGUGGUCUUCUGUCAGUAUUUGAGAUGUAUGCUUAUGUUAGCCCACGCUUGUUGACGUGCUGUACAGCCUCUCUUCAGUCGUCGGCGUCGAUCUUCCAGACUGCCUGGAUAUUUGGCUUGCUAGUAUUUUUGAUUUCUAGCUUUUAUUUCGAAUUGUCAAACAAUACUUUUCACAUUUGCAUAUUUCACCUUUUUCUUUGAACACCAUAGAGUCCUGGUGAUCUGGCAGCGUUAAAACACUAUUGGUUUUGCUCAGUUGUUGUUUGCUUCUGUUUUUCGCAACUAGACUGUCAGGUGCUGUUUUUAAAACACUGUUUUUGUGUUGUCACUUAAAUAUCUCAAGUCGGCACAUUCAAUUACAUCAUGCCUUAUGUUUUUUAUCGAAUUAUAAUUUUUUUUUAGUAAGCCAUACAGACACUUUAAAUGGUCCACAGAUCGACUCGGGGGUUUGAAAACAGUUCGGAGAGGCUGUGCAGUGCUGAUGUUUGGAGUAUAUUUCAAGCUGAAUUGAUUCAUGGUUGUCGAAAGUUUUCUUCCGGACUCUGUUAUAUUAAAGCACCUUUUUAAAAAACAGCACAAUGACUUUU